UCCAGAAGUCAACAUCAGACCGUCUCACAGCCUUUUAUACAGCUUUCCUCCAAAGAUCUGCAGAUGUUCUCCUUCUGGAAACUCCUCAACACUCCCUAAUUCCUCCGUCAGGUCUCCUCAUCAGAGGGCUCUUGUUCUUUGUAAGGCAGACUGCCAGCUAGCUGAUAUGUGUGAGGUGCGGCGGGCCGUGGCUGAAGCGCUGUGGGGAAUGUGUGCGGCGGAUGCCAUGUCCAUGCCUGUCCACUGGUACUACAACACCCGGGACAUCCGGAGGGACUUCAGCGGCUGGAUCCGGGGCCUGAGGGCCCCGCGGGACACACACCCGUCCAGCAUCCUCAGCCUGUCCAGCACAGCUGGCAGCGGACGCUCCGGAUCCUCCGCAGCCGCGGCUUCUGUGGUGGGGAACGUGAUUCUGCAGGACAAGCUGAGGUUCUGGACGGAUCCGCGCAGAUCAGUGCACUACCAUCAGGGUCUCCCCGCGGGGGCAAACACACUCAACACUCUCUGUGCUCUGAGAGCCGCAUGUGUUCUGUCCGCCGGAGCGGUCAGUGCGGAUGACCCCGGAGCGAGAGCCGCCGUUCUGUCCGAUUACGUCCAGUUCAUGACGCGUCCCGGCUCACACAACGACACGUACGCCGAGUCCUUCCACAGGAGCUUCUUCUCUGACUGGCAGGAGCUCAGACCCACGUCACCUGGACAGGUUCUGGAGUUCGCGGAGCGGCGGUCCAAACGAAUGCUGAACGCAUCCCGCGCUGACGGUCAGCUCAACGCUAUCGGAUGCCUUCCUAUGGCCAUUCCCUUUGUCCUGCUGUCUGCCGCAGCCAAUCAGGAGGAAGCAGUGUGUGCUGCGGUGCAGCUGGUGAAGCUCACUCAUCCUCAUCCGGCGCUGGAGCCGCUGCUGGCUCUGUACGCUCGAGCGCUUCACGCCACUCUGAACGGAGCCUGUCUGAAGCAGCAGGCCGAGACGGCGCUCAGAUCUCCGGCGCUGGACGCCUGGGACGAGUGCCAGCCCUUCAUACAGCGAGCUGAGAGGUUUCCAGGAUCAUCAGAGGAGCGUCUGAAGGUUCAUCAGAGCGCUGUGGAGUCUCUGGGACUUGCCUGUUACACAAAAGGAGCUCUCAGCAGCCUCUUCUACUUGGCCUACAGCUUUCAUAAUGAUGUGACGGAGGGGAUCCUGACCAACACCAACUGUGGAGGUGAGAACUGUAACCGCGGGGCAGCGUUAGGGGCUCUUCUCGGCGCGCGGGCGGCGUAUCUCGGCUCAGUCGUGCCACAGGACUGGAAGAACGAGCUGCUCGAUGCUCAGGAGCCAAUCGCUGACAUCCUGCGGGAUCUGAACCAAUCCACAUCAGUCUGAUGUUCUUCUGCUAGAGAACUUCCUCCUGCACUGCUGUGCUGUUUAACUCGACACACACACACACACACACACACACACACACACACACACACACACACACAGGAAAGGUGCCCACAGAUGUGGUUUCCAGCCUCUCGUCUCUAUACCUGCGUCUCUGCUUUCGCAUUGUGACCUACUUGCAUAAUUCUGCCAUUAAAACUGCAUCUGUUAUAGAUUGAGUAAAUGAUUAUCAGAUAGCUGAUGCUUUAAAGAUACUCAUUAGUGUGUGUUUGAGACUUAAAACAUGUCAGUCUGAGUGAGAACAUGCUGAAUGUGAAUUAUAUCUGUGCACACUAAACACUCAAAGACACUCAUUUCAGAGUUUGAAACUGAAAUAUAUAAAAUAAUAUCUUUCUCUUCUUGUUUUGAAAUGCUUCCACAAAAAGUGGCUGUGAUAAAGCUUCUCGGAUAUGUAAUAGUGACUUGUGUCUGCUAGUUAUAGACAGGGUGUUUAGACUAAGUCAAGAUUAGGUCAUAGUUCAAUUAGGACAUUUAAGUUAUUUUUUAUAAGCAUGCCUUAGAAAAUACAUUACUGGGGUGCAUCGUGAGACAAAACAAAUGCACUGAUAUGUUUUCAGAUCAGUCGUGCAAUUUUCUUUCAGUUGAAACAGCUCAGAAUUACAUUUUAAUCUGGGACUAGUUUUAUAAACGGGUUUUUAGUUUCUAGUCUAAUAUAGUGUGUAAUUAUGUAACUUUUAAAUUGUGCAUUAUGAUUUAACUUCAAUUUACUUUAUUAAGACACUAUCUUUAAUGUAACAAUUGAAUUGUGAGUAUAAUAUGCACAUUAUUAAAUGAUCUUCUGUUUAUGCAGUAGUUUUGUUGAUGUUGAUGAUCUGGGUUGAGUUUAUCCGUCCCGUUCGCUCACUCCAGGCCCUUUGUGAACAUGCUGUUGUGUUGUUUGAAUCAUAUUUAUUUUUCUCAUUUUUUAAGUAUAAAUCAGAUGAAUCAGUGAGUGUGUGUUUGCAGCAGCUCUGGAUGGCUGUGUGUGAGCUGAACUCGGUGUGUUGUGUGGUUCGGCGUCUGAUUUCUGUUUAAACCAUGCAUCUCUCUGUGGUCUCAACAAACGAGACGAGACUCUAAAGUUCAGAUGUAAAGCAGCUCAUCACACGCAGAUCUGAACUAGAGUUUAAACUCGAGCUGAUUUCAAGAGACGGAAACCGCAGGGCUUCUUAUAGCUUUAGGUAAAUGAAAGCUAGAGCUGUAAAGUAGAGUCGUAUGUGAUAUAGAUGAUUCAUUAUGCAAUCGCUAGUGUGCUGUCAGACGGGGAACACCGUUUGAAUGUUCAACAAUUAAAGUCAUAGGAAACUUUACAUUUAAAGGAAGAAUUCAGCUUUAAAUUAUAGUUCUGUCAUCAUUUACUCGCUCUCAUGUUUCGCCUGUAUGACUUUGUUUUCUUCAGAAACACACUAGAAGAUAUUUUGUGAAACAUUGGACCCCAUUGACAUUCACUGUUUGAAAUGAAUAUAAAAAAAUAAAAAUAAAACGAUUCAAAUAUAAAGAAAAAGUCAUAAAGGUUUGGAGCGACAGGAGGGGGAAAUUUAAGACUUACGUUUUUUAAAUUGAAAAUGUUAAGGUCUUAAAUUUAAGACCAAGUCAGAAAAUUUAAGGAAUAAAUUGAAAGUAACACAAUACACCUGUAUGUUCUCUAAAUGUGAUUAAGAGAGAACACAAUGAACAACAGAUCUCUAUAACUUUUGAAUUAAUUUCCAAUAAAUAAAUAAAAAAAAGAUUAUCUCUGCUCCCAAACACUAGAAUCUGGGAAUAUCUUUUACCUUUUACUGAACCUUCUGAUUCUUCCUCGGUGUUUCGGUCUUGUUUUCCAGUGCAAACAUCUAAUGAUUUUUACAAUUGCUUACACGCUAAAAUGAAAAAUUGAAACCUGACACUCAGUGAGCAAAACCUCAGCUCAAAUCUGCACAACUAUAAGCACAUUCUCAGCCUCACACUUUCUGCAAAACACUAAACACUUCUCUACAUUAGACACAGAAAUCUUUCCACAUAUGAACCGAUUGCUCAAACACGGCCAUCAGGUGUGCAGAUUCUUCAGGACAUUGCCUGUGAUACGGAUGAAGUGGCCAUAUCAAUACGAAGAGAUGUUUUUUUGUUUAUGUACUAUAUUGUUUUUAGAAUAUGUUCUGAUUUUCAGUGCAUUGAUGUACUGAAGGAUUUUACAAUGCGGUGAGAAAUAAAUAUCUUCAUGAACGUGCAGUACUUGUCUCGUGUGUUGUGUUUGGUCAAUACAUUCAUGUACUCUAACAAUAUCUCAAAAAAAAAAAAAACUAUCAAAAAUAUAAAGUGUUUAAGAUU